ACUAAUAUUAGCACUCCCCUAAAACAGAUACAAAAUAACCACUUUACACCUGAAUUUUAACCUUCCUGGAUGGAAAAAUAAAAUCAUCUGAAAAUGUAACAGAUGGAAUUGCAUGUGUUCAACCCAGAGAUUCAUCCAUUCCAAUACUGAGAAUGUGAGAAAUACUAAAGAAAAACGAAAAAUUCGAAUCUUUGACGGCAAAUUACAGAGAAGAGUCCACUGGAAGACAAAACAAAAAAGGAACAUAAAAUAUCUUAAACAAUGUCCAAUUCACCUAAUGGAAACCCUAACCCUAGCCUUAAUCCUGACAAGAACCAUGUCCUUAACUUCCAGUCACCGCUAACGAGGAGGAUAAGGCCACUUAGCUCGCCGGAUGUUUUGUACGAGGACCAAGCUCUGAAGCAUGGUUUGGUCAAGAUGCAGUUGCGCUGCCCUUCUCUGUCUUCUACACCGUCCCCAUCAUCACCUCCGUCCGACCCUGAUUUGACACCCUUUUCCGCUGAGUAUUCCUCACCUGAUUACACUUCCCUUCUUUCCGACGAGCUUCUUCUUAGAAUCUUCGCUAAGCUUCCUGUCUCUCACCGUGUCUCUACUUCGUUGGUGUGCAAGAGGUGAUUGCGGCUUUAUGGCCACUUGGUGCAAUCCCUCAAUCUCACGGAUUCUGUCAUAUCAUCCCCUUUUGAGCAGUCCAUUUUGAUGCAAUUUUAUAAUGUAAUGAGUAAAAGCUGCAUCAUUUA